AUGCAGAACGCUCAGCACGCUCAGCGGACCGCCCAGGCCCUUCCGUACCUCCUGACAUACGACCAGUGUCCUGCCAUUCAGGCGUAUCUAACGCAAAUUGCAAUAAGUCAGGGGGCUUACGAGGAGGUAGUUGACCACGCAUGGUUGAACAUCCUCGCUCAUUGCUUCGGGACCCCCGAUUUUGCUCUUGAAAGGGAAGCGCUUGUCGACCCCGGCAAUUCGAACAGAAGGGCUAACGUAUCUGUAAGCCAUGUCAGGAACAACGUCCUAGAUAAGGUCAUCGUGGUUGAAGCCAAGCGGCCGACCAUGACGGAGCCGACCACUCUCAAAUGGAAUUCGGUCCGUCAAGAGCUUCAGGACAAUAUGGUGACCAUUAGGAGCAAUGCAACAACCGUGCAGACCAUGUACGGAAUCGCUGCAGUUGGUACACGAGUUCGGUUUUUCUAUUUGCCUAUAAAUGGAAAUACCCUGCUUACCGACCGUAGGGAUUGGGCUCCCGGUGCUACGGUGUUGGAUUUGAGUGCCGAUGCUUAUCGGAUUCAGAGUAUCCUUCGUUUGAAAAAGAGCACGAUUGAGGUUUUUCCCCCCUGUUCGGCUGGACCGAACUGGGGCACCCUCUUUCCGGCUUGUCCGGGAGCAGAGAGCUCCGGUAUUGGGUCGAUGUUAUACAGAGAGGUCACCUUCAUGUUGUUCCUUCUUUGGUAUGCUUCAGUGGUGGAUACCACCGUGUAA